GUCAGCGGACGAUCUGUGUGUGUGAAGGUAGUUGCUGAAGUUGUGGGAGCGGGAGCGAGGACGCGAGGUGACGGGAGCGAGCAGCGGCUGGAGCGGAUCAUUACACCGGAGCACCGAGCACCGGAGAACAGGCCCGCGGACCCGCGGACCCACACGCCAACUCACCCCCAGGACACAGAGAGCCAGGGGAGGGGGACUCGGUGGACGCUCCACAGGGAAGUUACCGGGGAGUGGAACCGACGAGCCGCGGCGGGGCUCUGCUCUCCCGGCGGAGCGGCUCCCUCCCGGAGAGAAGGUCGGCUCAUGAAGCCAUGCUAAUAACCAUCAUCCUCUAGCGGUGAGCUGCCUGGUGGACAGACGGAGGCGUCAUGGCCGAGCUGCCUAUUGCCCCAGGAGAGGUCUACAUCGAGGUGGAGUAUGACUACGAGUACAAGUCCAAGGACCGCCUCAUCAACAUCCGGCAGGGGGACUGCUACAUGCUGGUCAAGAAAUCCAAUGAGGACUGGUGGCAAGUGAAAAAAGAGGAGGGGACUAAAGCUUUUUAUGUACCUGCUCAGUACGUCCGAGAGGUCCGCAAAGCUCUCAUGCCACCUCUCAAACCCAUCACCCAGCCGCCUGCCGCCACCGGCAACACACCUCCCCAAGGUGGGGGUGCCCUCUGGGUAAGGCCAACCAACCUGGAGCUGGGACUCCAGGACCAUCCUGCGGAGAGCCUUCACAGACACGAGUCCGGCUCUCACCCUCGGCGCUCGCCCUCGGCCCAAACUGCCUCUUCGGGGCACUUCAGUCCCCCCGGCUCGCGCAGGAACAGCUCCCACCGCCACACCCCCACCUCCCCCACCACCCCCACAGAACACGACCGAGCUCUGCACGACGUUCUUGUCCACGGUGGAGGUCCCAAGCCCAGAGGAAGCUCCAGCACUCUCCCACGUUCCCGAGCUCGAUCCCCAGAUAUGGCCAGGGCGCCGCUGGACGUUGACAGCACCCAACACUUUGACUCUGCAGAGGAAGAGAGACACACAAUCGACUCCGAGUCUGGAGAUGAACUGAGCAGCUCCUCCACUGAACAUCUCCAGACGGUGUCUUCAGGCCAAGGCCGCUCCGAGUCGCCUGUCUACACCAACCUCCAGGAGCUGAAGAUCACUCAGGCCAACCUGCCCCCUCUGCCCUCGGGCUCCCCCCUCCACACUCUGGGCGACUGGGAGACCUACAAGGACCAGAAUGGCCGACACUUCUACUGCAACCGCUGCACCCAGGAGAGGACCUGGAAACCUCCGCGAGCCAGGGACGCCAACAGCGGGAACUCCAGAGGAGAAAACCACAGCGCGGAAGAGAGCUCCGAGACGACUCCUCUGUCGCUCUCGCCGUCUUUCCUUCCGUUCCUCUCGCUCUCCAUCGGUCGACUUCAGCCUCUGCCGUCGGAGGACACCUGCUUCAGUACCUACUCUAGCCAGUCAGACAGUCAGUACGGCUCGCCGCCGCGUGGUUGGUCGGAGGAGAUGGACGAGUACGGCCACACGCUGUACGUCAGCGACUAUACAAAUGAGAAGUGGUUAAAACACGUUGAUGAGCAGGGUCGACCUUAUUACUACAGUGCAGACGGCUCCAGGUCAGAGUGGGAGCUGCCAAAGUACAACCUCUCUCCUCCUCAGCCGUCAGGAGAUGCUCCUAAAAGUCGCAGUCUGGACAGGAAACACAUGGAGCCCAUCGUCCUCACCAAGUGGAGACACAGCGCCUACGUCCAGGAGCCCAACGACAAGCGGCUGUUAAAAACCAGACGUUUCCGCGCAGUCUCCGCCCGUCUUCACCCGUACAAACACAAAGACGCUCCUCUGGGCCCCGUGCCCCCCUCUCCUGAUUCUGACUCCGGCCCUUCGUCUCCCAAGUCCCCCUCCUCUCUGUCUGAAAAGUGUGGGGUCCUGAAUGUGACCAAGAUCACUGAGCAUGGCAAGAAAGUACGGAAGAGCUGGACGUCCUCCUGGACGGUCCUGCAAGGACACACGCUGCUGUUUGCCAAAGAGAAGGGAGCCGGAAGCAGUUGGUUUGGAGGCAGUCAGUCCAAACCUGAGUUCACUGUCGAUCUGAGGGGCGGCUCGGUGGAGUGGGCGUCCAAGGACAAAUCCAGCAAGAAGCACGUAAUAGAGCUGAAGACUCGGCACGGCACGGAUCUGCUGAUCCAGUGGGACACUGACACCAUCAUCAAUGACUGGUACCGAGUGCUGCAGGAGACCAUCAGCACCCACGCCUGGGAGUCUGAUGAGGCCAUUGAAGAGGACUUGCCCGACUCUCCUGGUUUUGAGACGGGAGACAAAGAACAGAGAGACUCGAAGAAAGGCAGAGCCGUGAAGAGCUCCUCCAGCGUGGACACCUCCGACAACAAGAAGACCAGACACAAGCUGAAGAAGUUCCUCACGCGGCGUCCGACCCUGCAGUCCGUCAGAGACAAGGGAUACAUCAAAGAUCAGGUGUUUGGCUGCAGUUUGUCCAUUUUGUGUCACCGGGAGAACGGCACAGUGCCGAGCUUUGUGACGACGUGCAUCGACCAUGUGGAGACCAGUGGUCUGUGUGUGGACGGGCUCUACAGAGUCAGUGGAAACCUGGCUGUCAUACAGAAACUACGCUUUGCUGUCAAUCACGAUGAUGAGGUGAGCCUGGCAGACGGGAAGUGGGAGGAUAUCCAUGUGACCACUGGAGCUUUAAAGAUGUACUUCAGAGAGCUGCCGGAGCCGCUCUUCACCUACUCGUUCUUCCAUGACUUUGUCAACUCCAUCAAGAUGUCCGACUACAAGCAGAGAGUUCACUCCAUCAAAGAUCUGGUCCGACAGCUGCCAAAGCCCAACCACGACACCAUGCAGGUCCUCUUCAAACACCUCAGGACGGUGAUCGACCACGGUGAAGAAAACCGAAUGACCACCCAGAGCGUGGCCAUCGUGUUCGGCCCCACGCUGCUGCGACCUGAAACCGAGACCUGGAACAUGGCGGUCCACAUGGUCUACCAGAACCAGAUCGUGGAGCUGAUACUGCUGGAGUACGAGAACAUUUUUGGAAGGUAGACAGAAGAAGCCAGAGGACAAAGCCUAUGUAGACAUUUGUCUCCCCCAACGCAGAGCUCUUCUUCACCCGGCACGGCCCGGCUCUGCCCGGCCCUGGGGGGGGGAGGGGCAGCGGCUUAAUCUUCAUCUCAAACCAACCUGCGCUCACUGGCUUCUCCAAACUUCCACAAAUACAAACUCUUGGACCAAAGCCAACGCGAACGUCUCAUAAACCAAAAUAAAGAUGUAACUAACUAGCGACCCAAAAAAAAGGUUUUGCACUUUUUUCAGUAGCUCGUUUUCUCCUGUAGCUGCAGAGGUGACGACUUCCUGUCCCGACACUGGAUUCUUAAACGUAACGACACGCGGGCCACACACGCCUCCACUACUGCACAGGCCGACUGAGCAGCGGCGAGCCACAAUCCGUAACACGGGAGGUUUAUGACGCUGUUCGUACCGUACUGUAAAACCCAUGUAUUGACCCAUCACUCCUGAGGGAAACGACAGAAUAAACCUGCUGUUCAUCCUCUGCUUCGCUUUCGACAUUUUAACACUAAGAGGUGAAAGAAGUUGGAGCUCGACCGAGGAGAAGAAGGGGAUAUGAGGGCUUUUUUUAUUUUUUACUUUAAAGAACACUUUUGCCUCUUUCUGUAUUGAUCUCGUUCUUUUUUUUAAAUGCUCCGUUCUCCACCCUCCUCUUUCUCUUCCCCUUUUCCCUGGACCGGGGUCCUCAGAACACAUAAGAGGUUAUCGCCGCGCUCUGUAUUAUAUCUGCACGCCACCUUCAACAAUCGGCUUCUAGAACAAAUCAUCUCGCGGCGCUCGGUCAUCAACUUGAAAACAAAACAACGGUACUCAGCUGUUGCUUUCCUCGUCUACCGGACAUGAAAUGUUGAGGCACGCGGCCGUUAAACAUGUCUCCAUGGAUACAUUUGUACAGUGUAUAUGUGUGUGCAUGUGUAGGGGGGGGGCGGGGGCGGGUGGAUGUAUGAAUGGAUUUACUGAUGAUAUAUUGUACAAAAUAGUAAAAAUAAGUACCUUUGCCGGGAGUGUUAAGAAUAAGAGAAGAGGGAGAAAUCACUAACCGACGUGAGGAGUGAAGUGAUGAAGGGGAAGUGGAGGUUUACCUGUGAAUCAGGUCGAUGGAAGAUUGUGAAUGUAACUUUGCAAAGAAAAAGAUGUUGGCUUUAUCAAACUGGAAUAAAGGCCUGGAACAAGA